GAGUAGAGUUUAAAAGUAUCACAGAAUAAAUGUAUUGAAGUACCUAUAGUAAUAUCUUAAAUCCCGUUUAAAUGUUAUCAAGAAAAAAUAAUAAUAAUAACCGUUUUCUCCAUGGUUAAUAUUCCCGCCAAUUCGUUUAGUGUUUUAUCACAAUGAAUAUAAAUACCUAGCUUGAAAAAUAUGUUUUAUUGAAUAAUAGUAGGUAAGUACACGGUAUUUACUGUCAAAAUUAUUAGUAUUUGUGAUUUAUAAAAUAUGCAAAUAUGAGCCCUGCAAAUACAGGUCGUUUUGUAAAACCUCCUGAGAAGUCUUUUUUUAAUCAAUUUAAAGAAGACUCCAACGACACUCGAGUAAAGCAAUCAAUUGAAAACGAUUUAAUUGACAACAAAUAUGGUUUUAUCCGUGUUAAAGAUUACCAGGAGCACACCGGUUAUCUCAUCAAUAUGCAUAGCACUGAAAUCGUUGAUGAAGAUAAACGUUUGGUAGCUGCAGUAGAUUAUUAUUUCAUUAAAGAUGAUGGAUCCCGAUUCAGAGUUACCCAACCAUUUCAGCCAUAUUUUUAUCUUUUGGCUAAAAAAGAAUAUGUUCAAGAAGUUGUGGCGUAUAUAAGUAAAAAAUUUGCUGGUAGUUUUACCAGUAUUGAAACAGUUAUGAAAGAGGAUCUAGACAUGCCAAAUCAUUUGAUAGGUUUACAACAAAGAUAUAUAAAAAUUUCAUUUGCUACUAUUACUGAUUUGAAUAAAGUAAAACAAGCUAUAAUGCCAGCUGUACGCAAAAAUCGUUUGGCAUCAAAAAAUAACUCUUACUACACUGAAAUGUUAACAGAAUCUUUAGCUAAUUUAUCAGAAGUAGCUUCAUCAAAGAAGCAAAUUGAUCAUAUGGAAAAUAUUAUUGAUAUCAGAGAGUAUGAUGUAGUAUAUCAUAUCCGAGUAUCUACAGAUCUCAAGAUAUUCACUGGAUUAUGGUAUACCGUUCAAUGCCGUGGACCCUAUAACCAAGCAACUUUUACCCGCCGUGAUGAUAUUAUUGAUCGACCUGAUAUGAUUGUUAUGGCAUUUGAUAUUGAAACCACAAAACUUCCUUUGAAAUUUCCUGAUGCAAAUACUGAUCAAAUUAUGAUGAUUUCAUAUAUGAUUGAUGGUCAGGGAUACUUAAUUACUAACCGUGAAAUUAUAUCUAGAGAUGUUGAUGAUUUUGAAUAUACACCAAAUCCAGAAUUUGAAGGUUUAUUUACUAUUUUUAAUGAACCGGAUGAAGCUGCCCUGAUAAAUCGCUUUUUUGAACAUAUUAUGGACAUCUGUCCUCAUAUCAUUGUGACUUAUAAUGGUGAUUUUUUUGAUUGGCCAUUUGUGGAAACUCGAGCAGCAAUCCAUGAUUUAAAUAUGUCACAGGAAAUAGGGUUUGCCAAAAAUAGUGCUGGAAUAUAUAGUUGUCGACCAGCUAUGCAUAUGGAUUGUUUAUGUUGGGUAAAACGAGAUUCAUACCUUCCAGUAGGAUCUCAAAAUUUAAAGGCUGUUGCUAAAGCUAAACUACGGUAUGAUCCUGUUGAGCUUGAUCCUGAAGAUAUGUGUCGACUAGCAACAGACGAACCUCAAGUACUAUCUAAUUAUUCGGUAUCCGAUGCUGUUGCUACUUAUUAUUUAUAUAUGAAAUAUGUUCAUCCUUUUAUUUUUGCAUUAUGCACAAUUAUUCCUAUGGAACCUGAUGAGGUAUUAAGAAAAGGUUCUGGGACACUUUGUGAAAGUCUUUUGAUGGUAGAGGCAUUUCAUGCUAACAUAAUAUUUCCAAAUAAACAAGAACAAGAGUUGAAUAAACUUAGUGAAGAUGGUCAUGUAUUAGAUCAAGAAACUUAUGUUGGUGGUCAUGUGGAAGCUUUAGAAUCGGGCGUUUUUCGGGCUAAUAUACCUUGUAGAUUUAGAUUAGAUACAUCAGCUUUUGAUAUGUUAAUCAAAAAAUCAGCUGAAAUAUUUAAAUUUGCAAUUGAAGAAGAAGAAAAUGUCCCCAUAGAUAGUGUCACAAAUUUAAAUGAAAUAUUAAAAGAUGUUGUUGAAAAGUUAGAAAUCUUAAAAUCAGAUCCUUAUCCAUUAUUAAAACCACUUAUAUACCAUUUGGAUGUUGGUGCUAUGUAUCCAAACAUUAUACUUACUAAUCGAUUACAACCUUCAGCUAUGGUAAAUGAAGAAAUAUGUGCUGCUUGUGAUUUUAAUGUUCCUGGUGCUAAAUGUCAAAGAAAAAUGACUUGGCAAUGGAGAGGAGAACUGAUGCCAGCUUCACGAACAGAAUUUCAACGUAUUCAACAACAAUUGGAAACUGAAAAGUUUCCUGGUCAAUUUCCUAAUGAUCCUCCUAGAGCAUUUCAUCAACUUCGACGAGAUGAAAGAGCCAUUUGGGAAAAAAAACGUUUAACUGAAUAUUGUCGCAAAGUAUAUAAAAAAACUCAUGUUACUAAAAUUGAAGAACGUUCUACAACUAUUUGCCAAAAAGAAAAUUCAUUUUACGUUGACACAGUACGAGCAUUCAGAGAUAGGCGUUAUGAGUACAAAGGGAUGUGCAAAGUUGCUAAAAAACAAGUAUCUGAAGCAAUUUCUAAAGGUGAUCCUGUUGAAAUUAAAUCGGCUAAAAACCGUGAAGUUUUAUAUGAUUCACUACAAUUAGCUCAUAAAUGUAUUCUCAAUUCAUUUUAUGGUUACGUCAUGAGAAAAGGUGCACGUUGGCAUAGUAUGGAAAUGGCUGGAAUAGUAUGUUGUACAGGUGCUGCUAUAAUUACAAAAGCUCGUGAAAUAAUAGAAAAAAUUGGCAGGCCUUUAGAAUUAGAUACUGAUGGUAUAUGGUGUGUUCUUCCAUCAACAUUUCCUGAAAAUUAUACAAUUGAAUCUACUUAUGCAAAAAAAUCUAAAUUUAUUGUAUCCUUCCCCAAUGCAGUUUUAAACUCAAUGGUCAAAGAACAUUUUACAAAUCAUUUUUACCACGACUUAGUUGAUUCAAAGAACUUAGUUUAUAAACAGAGAAGUGAAAAUUCUAUAUUCUUUGAAGUUGAUGGUCCAUACUUAGCAAUGGUUUUACCUGCUUCUAAGGAAGAAGGGAAAAAAUUAAAAAAACGCUAUGCAGUGUUCAAUUUUGAUAAAUCAUUAGCAGAAUUAAAAGGUUUUGAAGUUAAAAGAAGAGGAGAACUACAAAUAAUUAAGAUUUUUCAAUCAUCAGUGUUUGAAGCUUUUUUAAAAGGCGAUACAUUAGAACAAUGUUAUGAUAAUGUUGCUACUGUUGCUGACUACUGGUUAGAUGUUUUAUACUCUAAAGGAAAAAAUAUGCCAGAUUCUGAAUUAUUUGAAUUAAUAUCAGAAAAUCGUUCCAUGAGUCGUAAACUUGAAGAUUAUGGAGCACAAAAAUCCACUUCUAUAUCAACAGCUAAGCGUUUAGCUGAAUUUUUGGGUGAUCAAAUGGUCAAAGAUAAAGGACUUGCUUGCCGUUUUAUAAUAUCUAAAAAACCAGAAGGUACUCCAGUUACUCAAAGAGCUAUACCAUUAGCUAUAUUUCAGUCUGAGUUAAGUGUUAAAAGACAUUAUUUAAGAAGAUGGCUUAAUGAUAACUCAAUAGAUGAUAUUGAUAUUCGUGAUGUUCUUGAUUGGGAUUAUUAUAUUGAACGUUUAAGUGGUACUAUCCAAAAAAUUAUUACAAUACCAGCAACUUUACAAGGAGUUGCUAAUCCUGUACCAAGAGUCAAACAUCCAGAUUGGUUGCAUCGGAAAAUGUUAAUGAAAGCUGAUCCAUUAAAACAGAGAAAAAUCACAACAAUGUUUCAAACUUUGCCAAUCACCAUACAAGAACAUAAAUCAGAACAACAGAUACUAACAGAUAUAGAAGAUAUUGGUAAAAAUAAUGAUAAUAAUGCUGAAAUUCUACCAAGACCUGUGGUAACCAAAAAGCGUAAACGUGAUCCUUCACCAAUAGAUGUUAGAAACUGGAAAGCAGCUCUUGGACCACCGCCACCAACUAGUGAUAUUAAAAAUUGGAUUAUAUAUCAAAAGAAGAAAUGGAAUUGGCAACUUGAAAUGAGAGCUAAAAUAGUUGGCAACCAUGGAAAACGUAUGCGGGAUGAUCAAGUUACCAAAGGACGUGCUGGUACGUUAGGAGGGUUUUUAAGACGAGCACAACAAACAUUGCUGAGUCAACCUUGGCAAAUUAUACAAGUGUGUCAAUCUGGUGAUCCUGGUAUUUUAAAACUGUGGGCCAUGAUUGGAGAUGAGUUGCACAACAUACGAAUGACUAUACCUAGGACCUUUUAUGUUAACCAGAGACAUACCGAGACUAAUGAUUAUGAAAAGUCCAAUUCUUGUACUAAAGUAAAUAUGAUAUUGCCCAGAGCUAGACCAGUUUUAAACUUAUACCAGUAUACAGUUUUAGAAAAAGAUUUUAGUAAAACUAAAGACAAUUUUAUUUUAUCAAAACCUGGUGUUGAAGGAAUAUAUGAAACCAAAGUAACACCAGAGUUAAGAGCUUUGUUAAAUCUUGGAUGUGUAUGUUCUGUCACAUUAGAAGCAGCAAAAAAAAUGGCUGCAUUACCUGAUCUAGGGAAUUUUUCACUUGAACAAAUGAAACAAGUGUCUCAUAAAUAUUUAAUAAAUAGUUCUCUUAAAGACAUAUAUUUGUACUCGAAUAAAGCUUCAACAGGUGUGCGUGCCAUGUAUGCAUUAUUUUUAACCCCUAAUAAAAAAGCAUUUGUUUGGGUCAUAGAUACAGUUCGUUCUAAUCGUAUGGCAAAUUUAAAUACUUUGUAUGGCAAAGAACGCAAUAAGAAAAUAUCUCGUGGACACAAAGAAUCUGAUACUCCAUCUGAUAUUGCUUUUGAAGUUAGAAUAGAAAUCGAAGAAAGACUAGUUUAUAGACAAAUUCAAAGAACUCUUCAAUCAUACAGGGAUGAAAAACGAGGACCCACAAUGCUUAUUGUUCAGUCCGCUAUAGAUAAUCAAGUUUUAAUAUCCAAUAUUCCAAUAAUGAGUGAAUUUCCAAUUGUAACUCUUCACGUACAAGAUUCAACUGCUGCUUCUAUGUAUGCUCAAAUGGAAUGGCAACGUUUAGGGUGCAAUCUGAUUGUCAGUCACUAUCUAAAUAGUCCAAAAAAUAUGAGUAUUGUGCUAGAACAAUGUAGAUAUCUUCAAAUACCUAUUGGAAAUUUACCAUCAGAUGUGACAUUAUUUGCCUCGGAUAUAUUUUUUGCUAGACAUCUAAUGAAACAUAAUUUUGUAUUAUGGAUCUCUGAAACAGAUAAACCUGAUUUAGGUGGCUGUGAAAAUGAUGAUAAUAGAAUGUUAAUGGAUUCUGAAGAAAGUUCAAGUAUGCUUGUCAAUAAUGAAGGUUGUUAUACUUCAUAUUGUAUUGAACUUGAAAUUGAUGCUUUACCUGUAACAACUCUAUUACAAUCUCAUCAUAUUAAUGAUUUUGAAGGUACAAGUGCAGGUGUUGCAUUUGAUCAAAUACCUCAAGCAUCCAUCGAAGAAAUAAUGGACGGGGGAACAUUUGUAACACCAAUAUAUGAUGAAAUAGCUUUGUGUUCUGCUGCAUUUAGAGUCUUACGAUCUAUGGUAAAUGUUUGGUUCCGUGAUGUUGUACUGCAUAAAAACCCAUACGCAGAUUUUCAAAUGGUUCAUUUCUAUAGGUGGCUUAGAUCACCAAAUGCAUUACUGUAUGAUCCAGCCUUGCGCAAAACACUUUAUAGUUUGAUGAGAAAACUUUUUAUGCAGUUGAUUGCAGAAUUUAAGCGUCUUGGUUCUAUGAUCAUUUUUGCUAAUUUUAACAAAAUAGUAAUUUGUACAAAGAAAAAGUCAUUAGAAGAUGCAAUAUUUUAUGUGCGUUAUGUUGUACAAAAUAUAACUAAUAAGGAAUUGUUUCACAGCUUACAAAUAUCCUUAGGACCAUGUUGGGAGUAUUUGAUGUGGUUAGAUUUGUGGAAUUAUUCUGGAGUAAAAGCAAAGUUUUCUGAAAAAUUAAAAGAAUCGAUGGGAGAUAUAAUUGAUAUGGCAAAUGAAGAUGUUGAACAACUUCUCAAAGAACAUGUGGCUCCUGGACCAGAUAUUGAAGAGGUUGGAAUUGAAAUGAAUUGGAACAUAUCAGAAUAUUUGCCUAAUGUAUGUCAUGCUCGUAAACAUUUUGAAGAAACGAUUGCCUUAUACAUGAGUGCCAUUUAUAAACAUAUGAAGUCAAUUGAUUCUUUAACUAUGAAACGUAUUUCAGAAUCUUUAUCACAAGUCACUCAAAGCAACAUGCUUGGUGUUGCUUCAUGUGAAAGUGUUGCAGAAUAUGCUAAAACUAUAAUUUCAGAAGAACUUACCACAAGAUUAUUCACGAUAACUCAAAAAAUUCAUAAAAAAUAUCCUAUUUUGGAUGUUGAACUUCAAGAAUCACUUUCACCAUUUUUGCAAAAUAAAGGAAAACAUUUGAAUCCAGCUUUACAAUUUUUAAUAACUGUUUGUAAAGUGCUUUCACUAGAUUUUGGGAUUGAAGAUGAUAUUAUGAAACUAAAAAGAAAUCUUUUACGCUUGAUUGGUGUUGGUAAUUUUAGUGAUCAAGCUGAUUGGUCGGAUCCUUGUCUCUCUUGGACACUACCGGAAGUUAUAUGCAAAAGUUGUAAUCAUUGUCGAGAUAUAGAUUUAUGUAAAGAUUCUCAUCGAAGUGUUGUUGAUGGAAAAAAAACAUGGUUAUGUCCCAAUUGCAACAGUCAUUAUGAUAAUAUGCUAAUUGAAUACUUAUUGAUUGAUGCACUUGGUAGAAAAGUAAUGGCAUAUACCCUUCAAGAUUUGCAAUGUACAAAAUGUUCAGAGAUAAAAAUGGAAAAUCUUAAUGCUUAUUGUUCAUGUGCUGGUGGUUACACUACAGUUAUUCCCAGAAAUGAUAUUAUGUCAUAUUUAAAGACAUUUAAGGCAAUAGCUGAUUAUUAUGAUAUGUCUUUACUAAAACAAAUUUUACAACAAUAUUUAGAUUGAGUUUAUUACUUUAGCUCAUUAUAACUUGUUUUUUAUUAUUAAAUCAUGUAUUCCCAA